AUGAAAGAUCUCAAAGGCAUUGCCGUUUUCUAUUUGUGCGUAGCUUUAACCCUUAGUAUCUUCCCCGAGUCCUCUGCCAAAUGGGCCGGUCUUGAUCCCACAAACUGGCAUGUUCACGUCGUUAACGGUUUGGGUGGAGGAAAACAACUGGUUGUCCACUGCAACUCCGACGUCGACGAUCUCGGCAUCCAUAAUCUUGGUCCUGGUGGGGACUUCAACUGGAGUUUCCAUGUCAACAUUCCUGGGACAACAAAAUUCACUUGUGACUGGCGUGCAGGCAAUCAGCACGCUGUAACUGACGUGUUCUGGAAGGAGAGCGAACAUAUGUGGCUUCGGGACAAAUGCGACUGGAAAGAAUGUUUCUGGACUGCGAAAGAUGACGGGAUUUACCUCAAAGACCUUAAGACGAAUCGUGACGAGCUUGUUCAUCCAUGGCAAUGA